GUGCAUCCAAAAAGCUAACGACCAACGGCAAACGGUUAUAUUUGAAUUUUGUUUUGGUUUUCAAAGCUUUCAGAAUUUAGAAUAUGUUUUGAGAAGUCAGUGAAUAUCUAAAUUGUUUUUAUUUAGCUUUACAAUAUGACCGAUGUAGAGGAAAUAAUUGACUAUAUUAAAUCAUUGAAGAAAGGUUUUGACAAAGAGUUAUUUGAGUGUAAAUUAGAAGAACUCGCCUAUGUUGCCCAAAACACUGGGUUGGACGAUGCCAAUUUUCAUAUUCUAUUUAAGCUUUGGCUGAACUUAAAUAUACCAAUAAGAAAAUGGAUGAACCUUGGUUGCUGUAUUAUUCCACAGGAAAAAGUAGGACAGAACUCUGUAGAAUAUGCUUUAAGAUGGUUGCUAGCGAAUAAUAGGAAUCCAACAUUUCAUCCCAGAAUUUGUUUUGUUUUGGACUGGUUAACAGUUGCUAUGGAUGCUGACUCAAUUAAUAGCACUGCACUUGACAUGGGUUAUGUGAUAUUUUAUAGUUUUUUAUUCUCUGAGAAAUUGACAUCUCAUGUAAUAAAACUGAUAUAUGUUUUGACUAAACCUUUUGAUGUGACUAGAAAAAAUGUAUUGGAAAUUCUUAAAGAGGUUAAAAAAAGAGAAGGCAAGAAAAGUUUAGUUAGACAGCUGCAAGUUCUCCUUGGUUUGUUUAAAACAUACAAGCCAGAAUGUGUUCCAGAACAAAUGCCUUCAUUUUCUGUUCAUACAGCAUUUAAAAAACUUAAUGUUCAACUUGUUGAAAGAUUCAAGAUGUGUCAGAUUAGACAAAAUAACAACAGCCAGGUGAAACUAAAGCUGGUAUGGGGUGAUCUGGGAAUGGGAAAGACAAACAAAAAACAUGGUCCUCUGGUACCUAGUUUGGAGUUUGUGCAAAUGGGGUCGACACAAUACAAUCGAAAUAUACCACAGAAAACUUAUUUGGAUUUUUCUGAGCCACAAGCAUUACUUCAGUACAGUCUGAACCAUAAAUUGUCGCGACCAGCUAGAUUACGUGCGUUGCUAAGCAACGCGACAGGCCACACUUUGUUAUCUCUGACCGAUCAACAUCAGUUCACAUUUCUAAUACACGAUUUGCAUCAUGUACUUUCAUACUUCUUCCUUGCAUCAUCAGGACAUAGUGUUGCCGAGAAAGAGAAUUUCCUUGCCCAGUUGGCCAUCUUCCAAACGACGCUUAUGCAGGGCUUGCCUGUUGUCACUAAGUUUUUGGCGCAAUUUUUGCCUUUUUGGAAUGAAAAGGAUUACUUUGCUGAAAUAAUGUCCCUCCUCGAAUGGAUAAGUAUUGACAGUCCAGAAUUAGUUUUGGACAUAUUAAGUGUGGUCACACAAAUGUGCUGUCGAGCUCAACCAAUACACCAAUGCCUUAUAAUCAAGACUGUGACUGCAAUGUAUACGAAUUUGGUUUACACAAGUACGCGACCAAAGAAAUAUUUUGUCUUCGAGAAACCAACAGAUGAAAAGUUUAGAGAGGGAACGAACAUCGUAGCAAAUUCUCUCACUGUUAUGUGUAACAAAUGCUUGCAAAUCAAUCCUGAUAAUAUACGCCUAGUACUAAGCGGUCUUCAGGCGCUAGUGUCGUGUGCGUAUACGUGCACGCAGAUUGGGCGUGGCGAGAGCGUAGGCGCAGUUCCCGGAAUGCUCGUACUGAGUAUGCCUUUGUUAAACAAUUGCGCUCUGAUGAUCGAUAUGCUCGCUGAUUUAUUAAAAAUGUACAAACAACUUCUACCCGCAUACAAAGCGAACCACGGCAAAGACCAUUUAUACAGUAGUUAUAUGAACAUCCUCAUACCAUUCUUUUCUGAUUUCGUUAGCUGUCUCUCCGAAGACUUUAUUAAUAAUCGCGAUAAAGGACUAGUUUUUCGUAAUCUUAAACCAAUAGGCGUGAAUAAACUCAUCUAUUCAAUGCCCGAUAUUAACAGCUCACUGAGUAUCAGAAAUCAUUUGGCUUUCGCUCCAUAUACAUAUAUGAAAAUUGGAUCGACAUUUACUGAUGAAUUCAUACAUGAAUCUGUGUUUGAGAGAUUGACACAUUUAAAAGAGAUUAUGAUUACAAUUUCUAAUUAGUGUGUGUAAAGGAGCGUAUUACAAUUAUUACGUAACGUAUUUUGGGAGGGGGGUCCUUUUGUAAAACGUUACGAUGCGGCGCGGGGAUUAAAUUACGCGUUACCUAUUGUUAAUAUUUUUUUCGACUUACACCACAUAAUAGUAACUAAAGAGUCACUAGGUGGUCAAAAAACGUUUUAAUAUACUUGGGUAGAGUACUGUACUUGUGUACUGAAAAACGUUACGGCGAGUUACAUGGGGGGGGGGGUCCAAUAAUCUCCAAAAAUUUCGUUACGUAAUACUUGAACGCUCCCUAAGACUGCUUUUGAGGGUGUGACGGGUCGACCAAAUAGUUUGUAAAUGUUUUACAAAAAUCAGAAGUUAUGUAAAAAUAACUAUA